GCCAUUCACCCUGUGAAUGGUGAGGGCAAGAAUUCAGAUCCAUGUCUGCAAUUCCAAAUUCCAAUUCUUAACUACUGGCUGAAAAAGGACUAGAUGUAGAAAUGUAUUUGAAUGUGUUCUAGCAGCCUCUGUUGGGGAAUUGUUAACAGUACGAGGUGGCUAUUAUCAACACAGAUGGUCCCAAACCAAACAUUUCAUGCUGUGGAAAUACUAUUUCUCUGUCUACUUUUCUUCCUUAGCAUCUAUAUUGCUUUUUAAAUAAUAGCACAGUUUACAUCCUGUUCUCUGUGCCAUGUUCUUCAAUCCUUUCAUCUUUGGUGAAUAUUGAUUCAGGGACUGUGUUAGGAAUCUUGGAAGCACUGCCAACAUGUCUGAUGUUCAAGAAGCCACUAACCAACUCUUGGAUGUGAACCUUCAUGAGAACUGGAGGUCUAUACAAGUGACAGAAAGUGAUCCCAGAAGUGAGUCUGAGCACCUCCAAGUCACUGUUGGAGCCACUGUGCCUACUGGUUUUGAGCAAACAGCUGCAGAUGAAGUGAGAGAGAAAUUGGGGUCAUCAUGCAAAAUCAGCAAAGAUCGGGGCAAGAUAUAUUUUGACAUUUCAGUGGAAAGCCUGGCUCAGGUUCAUUGUCUGAGAUCAGUUGAUAACUUAUUUGUGGUUGUUAAGCAGUUUAAAGAUUACCAGUUCAAAGAAACAAAGGAAGAAGUUCUAAAGGAUUUUGAAGAACUGGCUGGGAAGCUUCCAUGGUCAGACCCUUUAAAAGUAUGGAAAAUUAACACCAGUUUCAAGAAAAAAAAAACAAAGCGCAAAAAGAUGAAUCAGAGUUCAGGUAAAGAGAAGAUUGAUAAUGGACAAGGAGACAAGACAGAUGAGAAAGAUGAUAAAAAAGGAUUCACUAACAAUACCUUGGAUUGCCAUAUCUUAGACUAUUAUGAAAAUCCAGCCAUCAAAGAAGAGAUAUCAACAUUAGUAGGUGAUGAUUUGGCAUCUUGCAAAGACGAGAAGGAUGAAAGUUUAAAAGAAGAAACUCAUCCUAAAGUGCUAAAGUUUAGAGUCACAUGCAACCGGGCAGGAGAGAAACAUUGCUUUUCCUCAAAUGAGGCUGCAAGAGAUUUUGGGGGUGCUGUUCAAGAUUACUUUAAGUGGAAGGCUGACAUGACCAACUUUGAUGUGGAGGUUCUUUUGAACAUCCAUGAUAAUGAAAUUGUUGUGGGCAUUGCACUGACAGAAGAGAGUCUCCACCGAAGAAAUAUCACACAUUUUGGACCUACAACACUUAGAUCUACUCUUGCCUAUGGGAUGCUUAGGCUCUGUGCUCCUCAACCUACUGAUAUAAUAGUUGAUCCGAUGUGUGGAACAGGAGCAAUACCAAUAGAGGGGGCUACUGAAUGGUCUAACUGUUAUCAUAUUGCUGGUGAUAAUAAUCCGUUGGCUGUGAAUAGAGCAGCAAAUAACAUCUCAUCUUUAUUGACCAAGAGCCAAAUUAAAGAAGGCAAAGUGUCCUGGGGCUUGCCCAUAGAUGCUGUUCAGUGGGAUAUCUGCAAUCUGCCAUUGAGAACUGGCUCUGUGGACAUUAUUGUAACAGACAUGCCAUUUGGAAAAAGGAUGGGCUCCAAAAAGAGAAACUGGAACCUUUAUCCAGCUUGCCUACGGGAGAUGAGCCGUGUCUGUAGACCAGGGACAGGCCGAGCUGCACUACUUACUCAGGACAAGAAAUGCUUUACCAAGGCAUUAUCUGGAAUGGGACAUGUGUGGCGGAAGGUACAUACUGUCUGGGUGAACAUAGGGGGCCUUCAUGCAGCAGUUUAUCUUCUGAAACGUACACCUCAAGCUUUUGUUGAUCCUUCAGAACAAGAUAGGGAAAGAACUCCUUGGUGAUGCCAAGAAUGAAGAUGGUUAAUGGUAUUUGUGCCUCCCAACACUGGGAAUGUCAGCAUGAAGAACUUGGUUUGAGAGAAAAAUAGUGUUAAUAAAAUUGCAGUUUGCAGUUUAAACUGG